AUGUUUCCGGCCAACCUGGUCCAGGCUACGUUUCAACAGUACCGCACGCAGAGCAUCCCGGUGCCCGGCCCGCGGCCCACCGUGGCCCAGCUGCUGGACGAGACCACCACGCGACGCCUCUUCAUCUACGGUAUCCAGGACGACAACGGCACAGACAUCCAGAACUUCUCUCUGGACCUGACGCCGCCGCCCGACGUGGUCAUGCGCACGUCGCCUGGCACCAGUGAGGGCAUGAACGUCCUGGGGAUCGUCAUCUUCUCCGCUACCAUGGGGAUAAUGCUGGGCCGAAUGGGGCCCAACGGCAGCGCUCUCGUCAACUUUUGUCAGAGCUUGAACGAAGCCGUCCUGAAGAUCGUCGCCAUUGUCAUUUGGUACUUCCCCUUCGGCAUCGUGUUCCUGGUGGCCGGCAAGAUCCUGGAGAUGGACGACCCGUCGGCCAUGGGCAAGAAGCUGGGCUUCUACGCCAUCACAGUGGUCAUGGGUCUGGUGCUGCACGGCCUCUUCAUCCUGCCUGCCAUGUACUUCUUCAUCACCAAGAAGAGCCCCAUCGUCUACAUCAGGGGCAUCCUCCAGGCCCUGCUCAUCUCCCUGGCAACCUCCUCCAGCUCGGCCACCCUGCCCAUCACCUUCAAGUGCCUACUGGAGAACAACCACAUCGACCGCCGCAUCAUCCGCUUUGUGCUGCCGGUCGGCGCCACCAUCAACAUGGACGGCACGGCGCUCUACGAGGCGGUGGCCGCCAUCUUCAUCGCUCAGGUCAACAAUUACGAGCUGGACUUCGGCCAGAUCAUCACCAUCAGCAUCACCGCCACGGCCGCCAGCAUCGGCGCCGCCGGGAUCCCGCAGGCCGGCCUGGUCACCAUGGUGAUCGUGCUGACCUCGGUGGGCCUGCCGACCGACGACAUCACGCUGAUCAUCGCCGUGGACUGGGCUCUGGAUCGCUUCAGGACCAUGGUGAACGUGAUGGGGGACGCGUUGGCCACGGGCAUCAUGGCUCACAUCUGUAGGAAGGACUUUGUGAAGGAGGGGGAGCAGGUCCCUCUGAUCUGCGAGACCAAGCCCAUGAUCAGCAUCCAGCAGAUGAUGACCUACCAGAACCAGAAGAACGGCUGCUUCCAGCCGUCGCCGGUGGACCAGCACCACCUCUCCCCUGACGUGGCCCGCCUCAUGCAGCUGGAGGAGGGCGUGCGGCCGGGCGAGAGGCGGAGGCACGGCGCCCACCACCGGCGGGUGGCCGCCGCGGCCAGGGGGCACAAGGAGCAGUGUGCCAUCGACAUGAACGGUCUGGAGACCAACGUGUAGACCAGCCGCCGAUGGACCGGUCUGGGGACCAGCGUGUAGACCAGCCACCGAUGGACGGGUCUGGGGACCAGCGCGUAGACCAGCCGACGAUGGACGUUUGGUUUUUGGUCUAUUUUUGGGAUGGGGGGG